UAACGAGAAUUCGUGUCGUAAGAGGUUCAGUUGUGGUCAAGGACGGCCACAGUUGCAUAAGCUUACUUAAUGUAUGUACAUGUAACUAAACCGAGCGGGCUUUCAAAAUAAUUUUUAACUUUUCAAGACGCUACGUUGAAUCAUGUACCGAACAGCUUUUCGCGCGGGAAAGCGUCUGUACUCGAGCGGUUUACGGAAGGCAAUCGACAGUGAUUUUCCUGCUAAGUCUACAGAUAGGGCGAUCAAAGCUUCGCUGAUGCUGGUGCGAUGUUCGUCAAGUUCAAGUCAGAAAUUCAGUCUAAGUCAAAUCGCUCCAUCGUCAGAUGCAUUUUGUCGUCGACAUAUCGGACCUGAUGCCGAGGAGGAAAAAGAGAUGCUUCGAACACUCAACUUACAGCACAUAGAUGAUCUGAUCGACAAAACUUUGCCAUCCACAAUCAAGUAUACCAGGACCCUUGAAAUCGACGAAGCUCUAAGUGAACCUGAUCUUUUGGAGAAGUUACGACAGGUGGCUAAGCACAAUCAAAUCUGGAGGUCAUACAUUGGAAUGGGAUAUCACAACUGUCAUGUACCUACCACAAUCUUGAGAAAUAUUUUGGAAAAUCCUGGCUGGACCACACCCUAUACCCCAUACCAACCUGAACUGGCUCAAGGAAGACUGGAGUCCCUGUUGAACUUUCAAACAAUGGUCAGUGACCUCACAGGGCUGGAUAUUGCUAAUGCAUCACUUUUGGAUGAAGCAACAGCAGCUGCUGAGGCAAUGGCAUUGUGUUACAGGCAUACCAAGAAGCCUAAGUUUUUUGUGGAUAAGAAUUGUCAUCCUCAAACCAUUUCUGUUGUGCAGACAAGAGCAAGCACCCUAGGUCCUGAUGGGGAAGGUUUACAAAUAAUCAUUGGUGAUAAAGAAUCAUUUGACUUUUCCAAUAAGGAUGUCAGUGGAGUGCUUUUUCAAUAUCCAGACACCAGUGGCAAAAUUGAUGAUUUCUCUGAAUUGGUGAAAAAAGCUCAUGAUGUUAAGGCAUUAGCAGUGUGUGCUACAGAUCUUCUUGCCCUUACAAUACUGAGGCCUCCUGGGGAAUUUGGUUGUGAUAUUGCCAUAGGAUCCGCACAGAGAUUUGGUGUUCCCCUUGGUUAUGGAGGACCUCAUGCAGGCUUCUUUGCUGUGCGCAACAAAGGAAACUUAAACAGAAUGAUGCCUGGAAGAGUGGUUGGUGUUACAAGAGAUUCCCAGGGGAAAACUUGUUAUCGAUUGGCACUUCAAACACGUGAACAACACAUCAGAAGAGAGAAGGCCACCAGCAACAUUUGCACAGCUCAGGCCCUUCUUGCCAAUAUGUCAGCAAUGUAUGCAGUCUACCAUGGGCCAAAGGGAUUGAAAAACAUCGCUCAACGUGUACAUAAUGCAACUCUCUUGUUAGCAGAAGGGUUGAAACGUGCUGGACACCAUGUAGAGAAUGAUCUAUUCUUUGACACUUUAAAGGUCACAUCUGGCAUUGGAGAUGUUUCUGACAUUAUUGAGAGAGCUAACCAGCGGCAAAUUAACCUGAGAAUGUUUGAUGAUAAAACUGUUGGUGUAUCAUUGGAUGAGACAAUCAAAGAAAAGGAUUUAGCUGAUCUUUUGUGGGUGUUUGGUUGUGACAGUUCAGUUGAAUCUCUGGCUGCCAACAUGGACGAAGUUCCAGAAAGUAGCAUUCUUUCCAGCACUUACAAAAGAUUAAGUGACUAUUUGACUCACCCUGUUUUCAACAGUUAUCACUCUGAGACAAACAUUGUCCGAUACAUGAAGCUUUUGGAAAACAAAGACAUUUCCUUGUGCCAUUCUAUGAUCCCUCUGGGUUCUUGUACAAUGAAGCUUAAUUCUACAACUGAAAUGAUGCCUAUCACUUGGCCCAAGUUUGCGGACAUCCAUCCCUAUGCGCCAGUGGACCAGGCUCAAGGUUAUCGCCGUCUCUAUGAGGAACUGGAAAAAGAUUUGUGUGAAAUUACAGGCUUUGAUGCUGUGUGUUUCCAAUCAAACAGUGGAGCACAAGGAGAGUACACUGGUCUGAGAGCCAUCAGAGCGUACCAUGAACACAUUGGAGAAGAAAACAGAAAGGUAUGCCUUAUCCCUGUUUCUGCGCAUGGCACCAACCCUGCCAGUGCUCAAAUGGCUGGUUACCAGGUGCAAGUUGUCAAGGUGGAAGAUAAUGGAAAUGUCAGCAUGAGUGACUUGAAGAUGCAGGUUGAGAAGCACAGCAAAGAUUUGGCCGCCAUCAUGGUAACAUAUCCUUCCACUAACGGAGUCUUUGAAGAAGGAAUCAGGGACAUUUGUGACUUGGUACAUGAACAUGGAGGACAAGUCUAUCUCGAUGGUGCUAACUUAAAUGCUCAGGUUGGAAUUUGUCGACCAGCGGAUUAUGGCGCCGAUGUUAUGCACACAAAUCUCCACAAAACCUUCUGUAUUCCUCACGGGGGCGGAGGACCUGGUAUGGGGCCUAUCGGAGUGAAAAAGCACCUCAUUCCAUUCUUGCCGUCCCAUCCCGUGGUUGCACCUCAGAGUUCCAGAGGUGAACGUACCCAUCCAUUUGGGGUCAUUUCAGCAGCUCCAUAUGGCUCCAGUGCUAUUUUACCCAUUUCCUGGUCGUACAUCAAACUUAUGGGCCCCAAGGGUCUCGCACAUGCAACUAAGAUUGCAAUUUUGAACGCAAACUACAUGGCUGCCAGACUGAAGGAUCACUAUGAUGUUCUGUUCAUCGGAAAAGACGGUUAUUGUGCCCAUGAGUUUAUUGUUGACGCCAAAGAUUUCAAGAAAUUUGGUAUCGAAGCAAUCGACAUUGCUAAGAGACUUCAGGAUUAUGGUUUUCAUGCGCCCACUGUAUCUUGGCCAGUGAGCACUGCCCUGAUGAUCGAGCCCACAGAGAGCGAAAGCAAAGCUGAGUUGGACAGACUAUGCGAUUCGCUCAUAAUGAUCCGCGAAGAAAUCCGUUUUAUAGAAGAAGGCCUAAUGGAUAAAGCAAACAAUCCAAUAAAGAAUGCCCCACACACCCAGGAUGUAGUCACUGCAGAUGUAUGGGACAGACCUUACAGUCGAGAAGUUGCAGCCUUCCCCGCUCCCUGGUUAAAGGGAACUGCAAAAUUCUGGCCAACGUGUUCACGAGUGGAUGAUAGAUAUGGCGACCAACAUCUGGUGUGUUCGUGCCCACCUCUUGAGAGUUACGAUUAUGAAAAAACCAAGUCUUUUGCUUAAGAAUGUUACUGAACAAUAUAGAGGUGCCAUCCUUUGCUCGCUUCCAUGAAACCCGUGGGAUAUUGUGCUUGUCGGUAUGUACUUGGGAACAUCUGGUUUUGGCGUCUUCAAGAGAACGAACAAUUUGACCAAAAAUCGACGAAAUACACAGAGAAUUUAAGUAGUUUUCCAGAUUUAUCAAUGGCACAAACCUGGACAUGCUAAAUGUUUGCGAUAUCAGGACGAUACCUUGAACGGAAAUCAAUACGAACUCCUCACUUAGCAAACACGUAUGUACUCUCACGAGGUUUUACUCCGUAGAAGAUCAUAAGAUUCUUUUCAUAGAAGAAAGCCUUUGAGUCCAAGCUUUCUAGCUGAAUUUUCACCAAGAUGAGAAGCUUUAAUUUUCAGAACAGGAGGGAGCUACGUCACACUACUAAGUUAUUUUUGCAACUUUCAAAGUUAACGUUAAAUCAAAGGAAAGCUCAACAGACUAGUUUGCUAGGGUAGAACGCAUGGAAGUGGUAAAAAUAAAAUGUUAUUGGGGAACAAG